AUGGCUGGGCCGAACAGAUUGAGUCUUGUCGAGGUCACAUUUUGUGACACGGGACUUAGUGAAAUUGCAUCAAAUUGGUGGGAGUGGAGGCUGUGUUGGGAGUGCUGUGGCCUGUUCAGGGUGUCAUUCGAGAGCAGCAAGCGAUACUGGUUUCAUCUUCCGUCAUGUUUGAAGCCUUUUGAAGGCUGCGUUAUACUUGUUUCCAUUAUUCUACCCUUAUCUGUAUCCUCCACCGCCACCACCACCAGCACCACCAAGUACCUAAUUAUUUGUGUCAAAGGGCUUCCGUUUUUUUGUUUGUUUUCCAAAUCUAUGACAUUCACGUUACUUUUACUGGUGGUGCACAAUCCUUGGUUGAAGACAAAAGCGAGCAUUGAAAAGUCGAAGAAAAAGAAAACUGCUCCAGAUGUCUUUGACAAGGAUGAGGUCAUGUCCGAUGGUGACAAGACAGAUGGCGGUUAUCUGAAGUUGUCUAAAUGUGGAGUUGCCACUUCUGAUCUUGUUGACCCUCUUCUUAAGGAGACAUAUAAGAAGUUGACCAAGCUGCCUAGGCAAGUUAUCAAUAAUGGCUUGAAAUUUAUAUCAUGGAAGGACAACAACGACCAAGAAGAUGAUGAUGGAAAUGGGAUGAUCCUCUUCUCUAGCAUUGGAGGCGUCUACCCCGAUAUCAAUCUGAAGUACAUCAAAGGAUUGGUUAUGUUUGAGAAGGACUAUAUGUCCAAUAUUGUCAACCUUUCUCGCAUCGAUCCGUCACUUCUCAUCGCCAAGUAG